AAACUAUUAGCGCCGUGGUGUGUCACACACUAAUCGGUCCGGCGGAAGAGGUGCUCAGCGCCUUGAAACAAAGGAAAUGGCGAGCGGUAUUGGAAAACACAAGAUUCUGAAUGUGGGGCCAACGGAGCCCUGGUCAGUCAGAGAGAAGCUAUGUCUGGCCUCAUCCGUUAUGAGAAGUGGAGAUCAAAACUGGGUCUCUGUGAGCAGAGCCAUCAAGCCUUUCUCCGAGUCUGGUCGCCCACCUGACUGGUUCUCACAGAAGCAUUGUGCGUCACAGUACUCCGAGCUCCUGGAAGCCACUGAAGCUCCAAAGCGUAAACGGGGUGAGAAGGGCGAGGUGGUUGAGACCAUCGAAGAUGUCAUCGUCCGCAGGCUGACCACAGAGAGGAUAGAGGAGCUGAAGAAAUUACUGCGAGACACACAGGAGCAGUACAGGAAGUUGAAAAAGGAGGUGGACCUGAUACAGACGGGUCACAUGGACUCCCAGUUAAAAGAGCUGUGGGCAGGGAUCGCACUAAAGAAGAAGCAGGAUGAAGAGGAGGCGGAGCAGAAGAGAAAAGCGACAGAAGCAGCUUAUCAGGCGCGUCAGGCUGUGAGGAACACCCCCAAGAGGAUGCCCAGUGUAACUGUACGUUCUCCUCUGGGGGCCAGCCCACCGAUGCUGGACUCCCAGGGCGACACUUCAGUCUCCACACCGCCCAUGGACCCAGGAGGCGUCCCCUCUGAUGACAGUACCACGCACUCUGUUGCUCAGGGGGUUGGCAUUUUUCUACCAGUGACGGAGGUUUCAGGCUCUGGGCCCAAAGACGGCGGCCUGGCUGCUUUAGUGGAAAACGACUCCCCACAGAAGAGGCACCUGACCCAGAAGACCACACCGCCGCCCUCUCCUCUUCUGUCGGAACUGCUGAAAAAAGGCAACCUCAUUGCCAGCCCCCGCCUGGUCUCAGAGAGCGACGCUUCAGGAAAUCUGACCAAUGGACUACAGAUGGCCACAGCUGCCACCGCGCUGCCUGCUGGUCAUGAAGUCAUCACAGAGGGUGAGGCAGAGGCUGCGGUGAAGGCCGAGCUGGGUGAGGACACGGGGCUGGUGGAGGAGGAUCUCGUCGCUGUGUCGUCUUAUAUGGAUGAUGAGCUGGACCUGGCAACAGUAGGAGACAUCAUCGCCAUCAUAGAGGAGAAGGUGGACGACUCUGUGGAGGCGUUGGAUGCAGCAGCCGUUGAAGCGGCGCUCUCUCUGUGUGAAGAGGCUGUGUCAGAAGAACACACCCUCCCCGGCCCCUGGGAGACCCAGGACCUGAAGGCUACACAACCCAAGUCCGGAGUCCAGGACGUGACGUCGUCGAUGGAGCAGCAGGACGCGAGCGCGAUGUCGGCCUCCAUCCUCGUCAGCGUGGAGACCCAGUGCCAGACGGGGAGUAAAAGAGAGGAGCAGCUCAAGGGGAGCUGUGAAGCAGCGGAGGUGACAGGAAGUGAUGUAAUGUGUUCGGAUGUUACAUCAGAAGAUGGUGCCGCGGGAGGAGAGAUGAAGGAGGAGGCAGCGAUGGAGAAGGAGACGACUGAAGCACUGGUGAAGAGUGAAGGAGAGGAGUGGAGUCAACCGGAGCCAAACCCUCCCUGUCUAGACUCUGAGGACAGCUCUGUGUCUGGCAAAGAGUCAAAGGAGAUGAAAGAAGAGGAGGCUGUCAGUGACGGGGACCCUGAAGAAGGGAUGGAGCUGAAGGAGGAGUGUGGGGAGGGGCCUUAUCUGUCAGAGGUGGAGCGAGCAGCCAGUGAGAGCGAGGACGGCUACGGUCCGCCCUCCCAGCGCUACACCGCCGAUUCGCUGGCCAGCAGCCCGGCGUCUUCGUCUCAGCUAUCGACGUGCGGUGAAGACCAGGAGGCGGUGCAGGCGCAGAAGAUCUGGAAAAAAGCCAUUAUGCUGGUGUGGAGAGCUGCAGCCAAUCACAGGUACGCCAGUGUCUUCCUGCAGCCCGUGUCUGAUGACAUCGCCCCGGGGUAUCACAGCAUCGUACACAGACCCAUGGACUUGUCGGCCAUAAAGAAGAACAUCGAGUCCGGCGUGAUCCGCACCACGGCGGAGUUCCAGCGCGACAUCAUGCUCAUGUUCCAGAACGCCGUCAUGUACAACUCCUCGGACCACGACGUCUACCACAUGGCGCUGGAGAUGCAGCGCGACGUCCUGGAGCACGUGCAGCAGUUCCUGGCCACGCAGCUCAUCAUGCAGACCUCAGAGAGCGCCAUCUCUGCCAAGAGCCUCCGUGGCAGAGAGGGGAACCGUAAACCGGGAGAGCCGGCCGAGAAGGACAGUGUCCCAAUGGCCUCUCCUGCUUUCCUUCUCUCUCUCUUUGACGGAGGCACCAGGGGGCGCCGCAGUGCCAUCGAAGCAGAUCUAAAAAUGAAAAAAUAGACUAAAGUUCUGAAGACUUCAGAGAAGGUGGGCGGUUCUCUCACUGCUCACCUUCAGCAUAGAUGACGUCACACGUGACUGUCAUUGGACCUGACAGAGCUGCAGUCAGCGCCACUGCAUUUCAAUGACAGACUAAUGUUGGAUUUCACUACAGGAGAGAGAGAGGAAAAAAAGCUAACAUGCCAACGUCCUUAUUAUGGUUUCACCAGCGGGGGGCGUUGGUUGACGCUCCUUCCACCUGGAGUGGAAACAUCAGAGAACACUGGGAAAGAAGAAGAAGAAGAACAUUCUCACCAGCAAAUGCUUGUUUGGAUUGAGACGGUGAAGUUUGAGUGAGUCUAAAUUUUCAUAAGGAUUCGUGGAUGCGUUGAUGCCAGUCAGCUGAAAGUCCAAAGACAGCAACAGCACCAACCACCAGGGGGAGACGUCAAAAUGUACAGUAUCCAUGAAAGCACUGGACCUUAGAGAAGUUGUUUUUGGAUGUAUUUCCUGUACACACAAAUGUAGAAAAUAUAAUGAUAAUUCACAAAAAAAUUUAAAAACCUUCUACAGAAAACUUUUUUUAUUAUUUAAUAUUAAUUUGAAACAUCUGUCCAAGUUCAAUAAGCAACUUGUCAGCCCGGCAAUAUGUGGUGAUGUUGAAUGUCUGCUGUAACAGCUGGUAAUUAAUUGUAAUAUUUAAUACAAUUAAUAGGUGA